GGAAUACUUUUCAUUAAGUUUGGAACCAUGUCAACUCCUUUGACAUUUGCAGGAAAGUUGAACGUGCGUCCUCCGGAGAAAGGCAGCUUCCCUUUAGAUCAUGAAGGUCAAUGUAAGAUGUUCAUGAUCAAAUAUAUGAAAUGUCUGAAUACAAACAAUAAUGAAAAUACAAAAUGUCGCCAAGAGUCCAAAGAUUAUUUAGAAUGUCGGAUGGAGAAUAACUUAAUGACUAAAGAAGAUUUCUCAAAACUUGGUUUCAAAAAGAAUACUUCUGAAAUUUCUUCUGAGACAAAAGAAUAAUUAUGACUGGCAAAAUUUAGGCUGGGAAGCUGUUGUAUAUAUUAUAGCAAAUUAUUUUAAGCCAAAUUAGAACAAAACUUUCUGUAUUUUACAAAUAAACUCAUAAUCCUGAAA